AUGAAUCCCGACACUCUUGCCUCUGCCGACGUCACUGCAGCUCUGCAGGAGCUCGAAUCAUCUCCUGCCGCGUCCAAGACCACCGGCUACAACGACCUGCUCACCAAGAUCAUCGACACCUCUACCCCCGAUACUCUCGCCCCCAACCUCAUUGCCUACGCCGAGUCACUUCUGGGAGACACUAUUGGCAUCGUAGCCUCUCGGCCACUGCUUGCAUCUUUCGUGUUGCGCUUCCGCGAGCUCAGCGAUGCCGAUGUCAAGAUUGAGGUGGGCACACGGGCAUUGGCACUACUGGCACCCAAGGUCGUGUCGUACGAGGAGCAGGAUACCGCCAUCAAGGAAAUCCUGGCCGAUGCGUACCAGGCGAACGACGACUUCAUCGCUUCCGCAAAGAUCCUCCAGGCCAUUCCGCUCGACUCGUCGCAGCGCACCAUUUCCGCCGACGACAAGGCCGCCGUCUGGAUCCGCAUUGUGCGCUGCUACUUAGAAGAGGAUGACCCGACCUCCGCCACAACCUAUCUCAACCGCGUAAAGAACGUCCUGCACGGUGUUACCGACAAGACCACCAAGCUUCAGUUCCAGCUGUCCCAGGCCCGCAUCCACGACUCGCAGCGUAGCUUCCUCGACGCCAGCUCCGCCUACCACCAAAUCAGCAACGAGCCCAUCAUCGAUGAGGAGGAGCGUCUCCACACCCUUUCUGCCGCCAUUGUCUGUGCCGUUCUGGCGCCCGCCGGUCCGCAGCGCUCGCGCACCCUCGCCCGACUCUACAAGGACGACCGCGCCUCGCAGGUCGACCAGUACGCCAUCCUGGAGAAGAUAUUCCUAGAUCGGCUACUCAUACCGGCCGAGGUCGAGGCGUUCGCCGCCAAGCUGCAGCCGCACCAGCUGGCCAAGACGUCGGAUGGUAGCACUGUGCUUGAUAAGGCUGUGCUCGAGCACAACCUGCUCGCUGCAUCGCGCUUGUACAGCAAUAUCGGCAUCGACCAGCUGGCCGAGUUGCUUAACGUCGAUGCCGAGCGCGCCGAGGCCUACGCUGCGCAGAUGAUCGAGCAAGGGCGUCUGGCUGGUUAUAUUGACCAGAUCGCCCGCUUUAUCUACUUCGAAGGCGGCGAGGGCUCCGGCCAGCGCAAGACUGGCCAUCUUGAGCGCAUAGUCGGAGGUGAGCUGCGUAAAUGGGAUGACAAUGUCAGGAGCCUGGCUGAGGAAGUUGAGCGCGUGACGACUAUGGUUCAGAGCCAGCACCCCGAGUUCUAUGCGAAGACGAUGGUGGUGUGA